AGGAAUUUGCGGUCCGUGCAACACGUGCAACUACCUUACAUAGAGGCAACGAGCGAAGCUUGAGUGUCACGCCAACGGGACCCCCAAUCCAAACACAUUCAUUCAUUUCAGUUGUACCACAACUUCCACUCAUUUUCUUCGACACCCAGACGGAAGUUCGGGUCACCCUCCAUCUCAGCAUUCUUGAGCGUCAUCACACAUUUCAGGCGGCACCCGCCCGGCCGGCCAAGGCGAAACCCACAACAAACCUAACCAGGUCGCAAGGUCGCGAAGCCCAACUCUUCGUCGACACACCAGACCUCGUCGCCGUCCCCAUCCUCAAUCUCUCGUCCUCGCAAACCCGCUUGGUAUCGACGACUAGGAUACUCCUCCCUAAUUCCACUUCACUCUAAUUAUUACCACUCUCGUUUGAUCCCGUCCAACAACGGCGUCUCGCUUUUUUUUUUUUUUUUUCGUCCAAAGAUUGUCUUCCGGACCUGGAUAUCUCACCUAAUUGACGUCGGCGGCAACUUCCACCGCUCGAACGACCACGCGCUCGGUCCCUACCUUAUCGCGAACUGUUCAACUGUUUAGGUACUCACCAUUCGUGGUUAUGGCCUUCCGACCAUAGCAACUUUGACCCCGACUACCACGACCAAGAGCAGUAUAUGUGCUCCCUCCGGUUGGCAACAUCUUUCUCCACCACAUAAACUUACCUGGAAUCGCGAUGCGAUUGCCUUUCAGCCGGCGCAGUGAUGCGCGUGGCCAGUCCCUCUCUCCGAUAUCCGUUCUUCUCACCUUAUCUUCAGUAGCGCUAUCACCCGUCACCGCGAUAUCAUUUACCCCCGCGCCCGCGACAAAUCUUGACCUCAAGGACCUUGGUCGGGUAGCCCUUGCUGGCGACUUUUCAGGAAUAUCUCUCUUCCAGUUCGAGGAACAAAAUGAACAACCUUUUACAACAAAUGGCAGCCAGUCGCUUAUGGCACGCAUGCCCAACGGCAUCUUCAGCCCCGUUGUCACCACAGAUGCGACUAUCCUGGCCAUGUGCACGUUUGUGGAGGGCAACGGGAAGGAGGAUGGAGUGAUUAUCGGCGGAAAUUUCACGAGUUUGCAGCUGCCGACGCACGGAAGCGGAAGUCCCGACAUUAGAGAGUCCAAAGCGAUAGCGCUGUUCAACCCAAACACGUCCAGCAUCGAGACAUUGUCAGGUCUAGAAGGUCAGGUCUAUGCUGUGCUGUGUGACCGUGACACCAACUCGGUAUACGUGGGUGGAAAUUUCGUCGGCAAAGACUCUAGGAAUGCGAUCGCAUGGGUUGGGGGGCAGGGAUGGACGGAUUUACCGUUUAGGGGGUUUAACGGACCUGUGAACUCCAUUACGAAGGCAUCCAAUGGUCAUAUCAUUUACGGAGGAAGCUUCACAGGUCUGGGAAACGCGACUGCGCCGACUGAGCGCGAUGGCCAAGUUAUCAACCUCUCCUCCGCCAAUAUUUCAGCCAGCCCUUCGACAACCAGGGAUGGGUUCAGUGAUCCCAAGAACAUUGUGUGCAGUACUAGCGGAACCGACGGGGCAGGCAAGACAUGGUUGCUGCAGGACAACUCACCGGGAUUCUGGCAGGCAAAGUUUAGACACGGUUUCCGGCCGACAAAGCUUCGCCUAUACAACACGCACCUGGACGGCGCUGGAACAAAGACAUGGCGAUUCACUGCGCUACCCAUCAACGGCAUCAUGAACAUGACCUAUGUCGACCCAGUCACGAACAAGAACGCUACGUGUACGAGCGAGUGCCCACUAAGCAACAAUCAGACUAUCAAAUUCCAGGAUUUCCACUUCAUCAACGUCAUCGGUAUGAACGAGUUUCGUAUCGAUAUUUCGGACUAUUACGGAAACGGUGGAGGUUUGAACGGGAUCGAGCUAUUUGGAGACGAUAUUUUUUCGUACGCGAUCAAUGACUUCAACGAGCCUACUUGUGCCAAUCUUGAGUUCAAGUCGUCGUCUACUGCCACAGGCCCUUGGCAGGUCACUCCUUCUCAUCAGAGCACCUCCGAAUACCUGACUGCUCAAAUAUCCCCACCCGUUACCGACACCUCGGCCAAGAUCGUUUUCUCGCCGGACAUCAGGGAAUCGGGCUUCUACUCCGUCAACUUGUACACACCCGGGUGUCUCCAGGAUGACACAUGCUCGAGCAGAGGACAGGUUCAUCUUUCAGGUCAAAUGACUGCCGACCCUACCAAGAGUGAACCGGUCGACCAAACACUGUUCCAGACAAAUAACUUCGACAAGUACGAUCAGAUUUAUAAUGGCAUGGUUGAUGCGAGCUCGUCAAGCUUUCGGCCCCAAAUCACCUUGACGCCAGUUGCUGGCCAGGACUUGGCCAGUCUUACUCUCGUCGCCCAAAGUAUCGCCUUCACCUUGAUUAACAGUACGGGUGGCCUGAAUGGGUUGUUUGAAUACACGCCUGGCCAACAUGUGAAUGUUAGCGACUUCACGGCCUCAGCUGUCAACCGCCUUGGAUCGAGCUUCUCUGGUAAAUCCGCUGUCAACACUCUUGCCACCUCUGGCGAUACCGUUUUCGUUGGAGGCAAUUUCACCUCGCCAUCUGCUGAGCACGUUGUUGCCCUAAACACCAAGGACUCGACCAACAGGACAUUGGAUGGUGGACUCAACGGCGAAGUUCAAUCGAUGAUAUUGGACGGCAACACAUUGUACGUUGGAGGAAGUUUUAACAGCACUUCCGAGAAGCCGGUAGAUGGUCUCAACAAUGUUGCCGCCUACGACACCGAGAAGAACACGUGGAGCCCCCUCGGUGCUGGUGUCAAUGGCAAGGUCAUGCGCGUUGUUGGCUUGACGAUGAACAUUACCGGGUCAACUCCAGAGUUUGUCGUGAGCGUUAACGGCGACUUUGACGAGCUGAAUGCCUUUGAUAAGAACCCUGCUGUUUCUGUAACUGGUUUCGGUAUUUGGGUGCCUUCACAAAAGAACUGGCUACAAAACCUGGAUCUCGAGUUGGAGUCAAUUGACGGUGUCCUAUCAACGUCCAUCAUUGAUCGCUCUGGCAGCGGUUCCCUCUACGCUGGCUCGUUGGUAUCGUCCACGCUCGGUGUGAGGGACAUUGCGGGCUUGGGAGAAACGCUCAGUCGUCUGCCAUUGAAAAUCCAAGCUCCCUCCAAGCCGUCAAGCUCCAAUUCAUUGGCCAAGCGCGAUAGUUCGAUAAACGCUGAUAGCGCCGACAGCCUACAAGGAGUCGUUACAGGCAUCUUCGACCAGGAAAACAAGAGGAAUCUCACUAUUCUCGGUGGUCACUUCACUGCAACCGGUAGCGAACCUGCGAUCAACAACCUCCUUAUUAUGGACGGCAAGAAGAACAACGAAAUCUCUGGUCUUGGUGAUGGUAUCUCACAGGAUUCAACUGUCAUGGCCCUGGUUGUGCAUAAUGAUAUCCUCUUUGCCGGUGGCAACAUCACUGGCACAGUCAAUGGCAACGAAGUGAAGGCGUUGGUCACUUACAACCUUGCCAGCAUGUCCUUCAGCUCGCAACCACCCUCUUUGAACGGCGGUGACGGUACUGUCUCUUCUAUUGCUGUUCGUGACGGCACAGACGAUGUCUAUGUCGGAGGAUCUUUCACUCAGGCGGGCUCUCUUGAUUGUCCCGGUGUCUGCUUCUUCAGCACAUCUUCGUCGCAAUGGCAACAAGCUGGCCAAAACCUUGGAGGAACCGUCAACACGCUCUUGUGGGUCGAUGAGAACCUGCUCCUUGCUGGCGGCAACCUUACCAUCAACAACACCGCCUCAGCCUACCUGGCCACUUACGACCCCAAGACCCUGGUAUGGGACGCUUACCCUGAUGCCGGCCAGCUCCCCGGACCGGUCGAGGUUCUUACUGCCGGCACAAGCGACAACAAGCAAAUCUGGGUAUCAGGAACCGCCUCCAACGGCUCGGUUUACCUCAUGAAGUCCGAGAAGGAUGACGGAUCAUCCUGGCAUUCCGUUGGCCAGACCCUGCAGCCCGGCACCAAGAUCCGUGGUCUCCAGAUCUUCCAGCUCAGCCAAUCGCAUGACAAACACUCCCUGAUCGACGACAAGGAGGUCCUUAUGGUCACCGGCCACAUUGUUCUACCCGACUUUGGCUCAGCCUCUGGCGUCCUCUUUGACGGCGCAAAUUUCAGGCCCUAUAUUCUGACCACCAACUCCGGUAACACCCCUGGGUCGCUUGCCGUUGUCUUCUCGGAAAAGCAGAACUUCUUCGGUAAGGAUGGCAAACACCUGCCACUAGUGUUUGUUGUUCUCAUCGGCCUCGGCAUUUCGCUCGCCCUCAUGCUCCUCAUCGUCGUGGCCGGUUUGAUCCUCGACAGAAUCCGCAAGAAGCGCGAGGGUUACGUGCCUGCCCCGACGCACAUGUAUGACCGAGGCAGUGGCAUCCAGAGGAUACCGCCGCAUGAGCUGCUGGAGGGGCUAAGUAAAAGUCGAUCUGGUGCGCCUCAGAUGUAAAGGGACAUUGGGGUGAUGCAAUUAGAUGGGUUCACAAUGGGAUUAGAUGGUUUUGUUGGUCAGUCAGUCAGAUAGGAGGAGAUACCACAACUUUUUCAUGGGGUUCCACUAGCAUUCUUGUUCAUUCUUUGUCAUUAUCAAUCAUCAAGCGUUAAUCUCACCUCGGGUUUAUGACAAGAUCCUCAGCAGCAGGCGGUAACUGAUAGCGGCAGCGGCAUGGCGUCCUUUUUAUGUGCCUUUUUGCCUCUCUCUCACUUUCGCUCCUUCUUUUUCAUCCUUUUUGUUCCUGAGUUUACAAAUUUGGAGUGCUUUCUCAGCAAGCACACCCACAACACGGAUGGGUUGACGGACCAAAAUGAUACCCAUUUACUCAACCCAGACCUGGUUGGUGGAAAGGGCUGCUGUUUGAAGAACUCUAAUAUACCACGACUUGGCUUCGUUCGUCUUAUGUUUGUUCGGGCGUUUGGAGAUAUCUCCUUGUGUGGUGUGCUAUCAUGGUGUGGCUGGGCGGCGGUGUGUCAACGGCGCUGGUGAGAUGACCUGAUGGUAAUGGAGACGACAAUUCAAGGUACCUUGUAACGCAACUUGACGAGGGUUUCCUUUUUACGGGCCAUAUCUCGACGACCUCUUUCCUCCACCCUUUUUUUCCUUUUUUUUCCCUUUUUUUUUUUUAAAAAAAAGUUUUUCUCGUCUAUAAGGCUGCAUCCACAGCAAGCCACUUCCCGCUUACUAAGUGUAAUGUGGUAAUCUUGUUUUCAAAUACAUAAUGUUUAGCAUCACAUCAAGGGUGGCAUCUACCUUGCCAUAUCUUUUCCUUUGCUGAAGGGAGCUUAGUCGAAAAUAUUCACGGUUAAAAAAUCAGAAAGGCUGGUGAAGGAGAGAACGAUUGAACAGUAGUGAUAGUAUAGGGACUGAAAAAAUAGCAAAUAACUCAUGUUUCAUUCGCAUGUACGCAACUUC